AUGCCGGCCCACAUCUGGAUGACGCUGGUUGAUGAAGGCGCCGCGUCUUGCGGGCUGGGCGCGCGCGAUGUGCUACGCCUUGAAGCGGGCCUGCUAUUGCACGGCAACGACAUGAGCGUUGACACCAACCCUUACGAGGCCGGGGUGGGGCGUUUUGUGAGACCCGACAGACGCGGUUACGUCGCCAGAGAGGCUCUGCUGCGCGCGCGGGACGAGGGCGUCGAAAGAUCACUUGUUGGCUUUGUAAUGACGGGAAGAGGCAUAGCGAGGCACGGCUACAACAUUAUGAGCGAAGGCCGUGAGAUCGGCGAGGUCACCAGCGGCAGCCCAUCCCCGUUGCUUGACAGAAACAUAGGCUUGGGAUAUGUUCCUGCUGAUUAUUCGGCGGAGGAAACAAUGACGCUUGACGCCCUUAAGUACUCGGAGGAACACGAGUGGGUGCGCCUUGAAUCGGAUGGCAUUGCAGUCAUCGGAAUCACCGAUUUCGCAGCCGAAAGCCUGGGCGACGUAGUGUUCGUCGAACUUCCCGAAGUGGGAGCCGAACUAGUACAGUUUGAGAAGAUGGGUGAGAUUGAGUCGGUUAAAGCAGUGUCCGACCUUUACUCUCCCGUGUCCGGAACGAUUGCGGAGCGCAACGAUUCCGUCAUAGACAGCCCUGAACUGGUCAACGACAGUCCUUUCGAUUCAGGAUGGAUGCUUCGAGUUAAUCUCUCCGACAGCGCGCAAUUGGACAACCUCAUGUUCCGUAGCGAGUAUCAGACGAUGCUUGAAGCGCAGCCAUAG